AUGUCAAAUGAAACAGCGUCUAUGAGAGAAAUACAACACAACCGACAACUCAUUAUGCAAGCUCUAAAUAAGAACACAACAAACUUUUCAAACUAUUCUAAGAUAUCUGAGUCAUUGAAAGAAGGAAACCUAAAACUGACAUUAAACCCAAUGACAGACGAGUUUCUGUUUCAAGACAACAAGAACCAUACUGUUUGUAUAAAUCCAACAAAAAGAACUUUAAACGAGAAACCUAUAGAUGAACUUCUUUUGAAAGCAGAUAUUGACAACAAAGCUGACAAAGAGUAUGUCAUUGAAAAAGUUCAAGAAGAACAUGACAGAGCAGAUGCAACAUAUGCAACAAAAGAGGAUGUUGAAAAGAAAGCUGACAAAGAGUAUGUUGACGAUGAGUUAGCAUAUCUGGCUAGUGGGUUAGUGAAGAAGGCAGAUAAGGAAUAUGUGGAUGAAAAAGACAAUGAAAUUAUAAAAAGGGUUGAAUGGUACCAUGAACGGACAUCGAAGAUUUUAGAAGGUAAAGCCAAUACAGGGUGGGUUUCAGGAUGUUUAGACCUUAAAGCCGACAAAGAAACUGUAGAUAUGUUGACACAAACGGUUUCAAGUCAUACCAGAGGUUUAAUGGAAGAUGGACAACAGUUGAAAGAGCUUGAGAAAGGUGUUACAGAGUUAAGGAAUACAAAAGCAGACUCGACAUGGAUAGCUGGAUAUGUAGAUGCAACAAAAGAACGUAUUUUAGCAUGGACAGAAGGAACAUACCCACAAAAAUAUCAUAGACAUAGCAUCUCUGACGUAAAUGAACUUGAAGAAAAGUUAUAUAA